UUUUUUUAAAAUUUAUUUUAAAGAUUGCUAAUCGUAUAAUAAAUUAUGGCUAAGACAAUUUUUAUUUUCGCAGCUGUACUCGUUCAGGUGGUAAAAUCCCAACAUCUUAUAACGCCUAUCAACUAUCCUCCAAUUAUAAACGAACUUCUCGACAAAUGCAACCAACCCAUCCCAUCACUAUCGCCGGCGGAAAGCGACAUAUUAUGCAAAAACUUCGCGUCAUCCAUUCAAAACGUCAUAUUAGAAAAAUUCGCCCAGAACUGCUUACGGAGACCUGUUUUUGGCCAAAUUGCUGGUCCAUUGAUAAACGAAGUAUCCACUAAUUUAUGCAAAUGUCCAGCGUGUUCAGCUGUUAACAUAACGCCCAACAGCUACUCGAAAACGUUUAUCAGUCCAGCAGCCGUUUCUAAUAUUAUAAAUAACGCGAACGGUUACGUUAAUAACGCGGUGAACAAUUGCGUUAAUAACGUGCCGUUUAAUAGCGUUUUUAUACCGAAUAAUGUUAUGAAUAGCGUACCCGUUAAUAACGCGAAUAGCAUUAUUUUACCGAAUAACGUUGUAAGACCGGUCAGUAAUGUGCAAAUAACAGAUUUGUUGAGUAUUUUGAGAGGUUUAAACGAAUGCAGCUGUAGAGGACAGGGUGUUGUUUAACGUUAUUUUAA